CUCAUCAAAUAUAUAUUAGCAUAUUAAUUAUACACUACAAUAUUUUCAUUUUUAAGAAAAAAUUAUUGAGAACUAUGAAGUUAUUUCAAAUGAUGAUAUUUUGUUUCUCUUUUAUCUAAGAAUUAUACGGUCACUACAAAACAAAAUGAUCGAAAGAUUAGAAAAACGAAAUAUGCCUUUAUAGAAUCUCAGGUGGCACUUAUAAAAGAUUUCUUAUAAAACUUUUAGAAUUAUGUUCAACUUUAAUACUAUCAGUCAUGCGAGCCAAUUUUGGUCUUGUACAAUUGCAUCUCUUCGUCGAUACAUAUGUCAAAAUAACCGUUUUCGAAGCCAUAGAUUCCUGUCCAGUACAAAAAAGGCAGAAAAGCCACCAUCUGAGGAAGAUAAAUUUGUGACCACCGAAAGAGCUAUUGUGAAAGAAUGCAAAGCACAUCCAGAAGAACGAAGAAAAGAAGUAAGACCAAGAUUACAAACUAUUCGAGUAUAUCGUUGGAAUCCAGAAAAGCCAAAUGUAAAACCAUAUAUGCAACAAUUUAGUGUGGAUUUAAAUAAAUGCACUGGUACAAUGGUAUUAGAUGUAUUGGCAUUAAUAAAAGCAGAAUAUGAUCCCACGUUAUCCUAUCGAAAAUCCUGUCGUGAGGGAAUUUGUGGAUGCUGUGCAAUGAAUAUAAAUGGUGUCAAUAACUUGGCUUGCAUCACAAAAGCAAUGGAAUCAUCAAAACCCAUAGUUAUUUAUCCUUUACCACACGCAUAUGUAAUUAGAGAUUUAGUAACGGAUUUGGAACAAUAUUUGAAACAAUAUAAAAAUAUUGAGCCAUUUUUAAAACGAACUGGAGAAGAUAAUUAUGUCGGUUUACGGCAAAUUUUACAGAGUCCAAGAGAUAGAGAUAAACUUAAUGGCUUAUAUGAGUGUAUCUUAUGUGGAUGUUGUACUUUUGCUUGUCCACCGUAUUGGUGGCUCGGUGAUAAAUUUUUAGGUCCAUCAACUCUUUUGCAGGCUUAUAGGUGGAUAAUAGAUUCACGUGACAUGGGACACAAAGAAAGACUUACUAAAUUACGUGAUUAUUAUUCGGUAUAUCGAUGUCAUACUAUUUUCAAUUGCACAAAAACUUGUCCGAAGGGUUUGAAUCCUGGAAAAGCAGUAGCUCAAAUAAAACGAUUGUUAGCGGGACUUGCUCAAAAAGAACGACCAGAUAUAGAAACUCCACUUCCAAAUCCAUGUCGAGGCGAAGAAGAGUACCAAUGUAGAGAGGAAUAGAUAAAAAUGAAAAA